CCUCUUACUACUGCAGAACAGCUUCAGUAUUCUCAUGGCAGCUAGAGAAUGUCCCUCAGGGAAUUAAUUUAGGAACUUGUUUGAAAACCUCUUGGAGUACCUCAGGUGUAAGAUGCUUCGGUCAGGAUGUCUGGACGUGGAAAGAAAAAUGCAGUGGCUGGCAAACCUGGAUCUAAAGCAAAGAAAUCUAAGUCAGCCCUGGCUGGUCUGCAGUUUCCUGUGGCUCGUGUCUACAGGCUCCUUAAGAGAGGCAGCUAUGCUGACAGGGUUGGUCUUGGCUCUGCCAUCUACCUGGCCGCGGUGCUGGAGUACCUGACAGUGGAGGUCUUGGAGCUGGCAGGGAAUGCUGCACGGGAGAACAAGAAAUCCAGGAUCCUGCCCCACCACAUCCAGCUGGCUGUGAGAAACGAUGAGGAGCUGAACAAGCUCUUCUCCUGCGUGACCAUUGCUCAAGGAGGAGUGCCACCUAAUGUUCUUCCUGAGCUUCUGCCAAAGAGACAUGGUCUUCUUAAGCCACCCCACAAAAAUGUCUGGUCACAGGAGUUCUAGCUGCCACCAGGCUCCUGAGCUUGUGUUGCUGCUGGUGCUGGCAUCUUCUACAGCCUGGACCUCUACAUGUUUUUUUGGCAACUUUGGUUUAUAUUUGUGUGUGUAUCUGGGUGCUUGUCUGAGAAGUGCCAAAGACAGGGUUGCUAGUUUGGUUCUUGCUAUGUCCUUCAAAAGAAAGCUGACAGACUACUUUUAUGAAUACCCACGUGUAAAAUGGACUCACGUUGGUCUUCUCCACUUCUAUAAAAUAUUUGUUGCAUCACUUUCUUUCCAGUGCAGUUAUCUAGGGAAACCUGGCCUAUUGUCUUCAAAGCAUGGGGGUGGGUAGCUGGGAUCUGUUUAUUCAAUAUGUGUGAGAGUCUGCUUCAUCUGACAACUGUGCCCAUGAGGAGGUCUGAAGUGAACAAUUUGGUGUAAGUAGAUGUACUCAAGAGACUUACACUGGACUUCCUGUGGUGGUUUUACUGUCAUUAAAGGGAAAUACAGAAAGUCUUUUCUAGGACCUUCCAACAUUUGUGUCCUACAGCUACAUGGUUUGAAAGGCUACAUAAGCACUCUUGGGUUUUUACUUUUGUAAUACCAGUGAGGAUGUACCAUGUUUGUGCUGCAGGUUUUAUUUAGCAGCUUCACCAGCAGGAUGCCACUGAAAUUCUAGGACAUUACAAGUGCGUUAUCAGGCAUUUGAAUUACUCUACUUAUAGCACAGCACAGAAAGACCCUACUGUCUACCAUGUUCAGAUGUAUUAAUCCAUUCAGACAAAAAGGUUAUUUGGAGAUACAGUCCUGAUUGACUCUACUAGGCCAAGACUUGGGAGCCUGUGUUUGUAGAGUUUACCCCCAUAGUCAUCCAUGAGGUGCUGCUGCUUUCUGUAGUGCAACUUGGAAAAAAUCCUUGUUUUUUCUGGUCUUGAGGGUAUUAGGAGCACUUGAACUGUUUGCAGAGAGCUCUUCUCCAUCUAUAGGCAGGCUAGAGAGUUUAAAUGGAAUAUGAAAAGCCAGGAAAAAAGAAUUGUGGUCCUCCAGUUGGAGGACUUUCAGUAUGUAAAACUUCUAGCAUGUAGGUAUAUUGCAAGCUCCUGCUAGAGGCAAGGCCAUGAAAAGACAACUAGAGGAGAGUCUGUAGAGGUAUCAGGUCAGUCCCAGUAUAACUGGCUGCUAUGAUUGCUGGAGAUGAGUGGUUUAUAGUGUGGGUGGUAGAUGAAUGUUGGUGCAAGGGCAGCCUGAAGAUCAGCCAUUGCGAGCUGUGUAAUCACAGGCAGCUUUCUCCAGAGACUUAGAGGGUGAAAUGAUGCUGAAGCGCCGACCUGUGUAAUAAACUGUUGCCUUGGAAAGUAACAGCAGCUCCUUAGGGGGGCUGCUGGAUGUUUUUCUACAGCAGUUUCAGUCAACACUGACAAUAUGAGCUGUGUUUGAAGAAAAACAGCCCCAGUCAGGCUGGUGGUUACAUUUCAUGCUGUGUUGGCUCAGAGACCGGCUUCUGACUCAGCCAAGAUGCUGUCCACAGCACGGGUGCUCGAGCAGCAGCAUGGGCUCAUGCAGCUCCUGCAGUGCUGCACUGCUCCCUCUGCUGGGUCAACACAGCUGCUCGCAGCUGUGCAGUAGUGCUUAAGUACUUAAGCACUACUGCAGGGUGGCUGGCAAACCUGAGGUGUUGUUCCAUUGUCCCAUAAGCUGCAAACGUAGGAAGAUGCCCAAUAGGCACUCUGGGGUCUCUAGCUCAUAUCUGCAACUGCAAGAGCAAGUUUGGAGGCAGGUAACUCAAAAAGCUUCCUGGGGAGAGACAUCAUCUUUGGCACAACUGCACAAGCAAGAAUGGCCUGGAAAAACACUGGUCCAGAGGGAUCCGCAGGGGAAGGGCAUUUGUGGAGCACAUAGGAGUCCCAGCAGCUCUACUGUCAUUAGUAAUUUGGGCUGACCUGUAGAUGUGUUAAUUCCUGAAAUAUGCCUUGCCAUGAUGCUUCUGUUCUCUAUGCUCACUGCUAGAGCUUUUAUGCUGCAUUUUGAAAUGUAAAACCACUGAUGCAUUCAUUCCUCUGUUUCUGCAAUGUCUGAAGACAAUUAAAAAUAUAAACCAUGUUAAUUUCAGAGAACUCUCAUUAAUUCUCCAAUACUGUUUCCCUCCUGCAGCUGGGAAGCCUAUUUGGUCUUUCUUCUGAAGAUGCACAUGUUUACAACAUGUAUGCUUCAGUGGGGUGCUCUUAAUCCUUGAUUAAAAAUCCAUUGUCAGU